GUAAUUUCUACCGGUGUACAUUCUACAUGACAACUUGGACCAACCCAACCCAAACUAUAAGGGUUGGGUUGAGUUGGAUUAACAUUUCGGUAGGGUUGAAAACCCACAUCCUGUUGGUAAUCAUUUACGUUGUCAUAAUUGGGAGCGUGGAAUUGGUGUAUCUGAGUUUAGUUCUUUACAAGUUCGACCAUGGAGGGUAUCUCCCUCCGACUUUUGGAGCUUGUUUUGAUGACAAUAAUGUAUGUGUGGAAUAGUGUGUUUAGAAAGAAGUACUUGUAUGAGCUCGUCCACAAAAUCUCUUCAGAAAAUUUCAAUCAAAUGGUGAGUACCACCAACUUUAGAAGACUUCCUGGCAUGACAUUGUUCUACACUAAGCUCGUUCAAGGCAUCCCUCCCAUCAUCAAGCAUUACGUCAAGCACAUCCCUGCUUUGCAGUCUGUGCUCGUCUUUGUCACCAUUAAAUCGCUUCCUGUUAGCAAGGUUCCAGCCGACGAACGUUUCCUCUUUCGACGAGUAGAGGUGAAGGAGAUCAACGUGUUUCGUUGUGUAGUUCGAUAUGGAUACACGGAUGUACACACCGAACAUGAACUAUUCGAGAAGAUUUUACUCGAAAGAUUGGAAGAAUUUGAAAGUGAUCGACGGACAUUGUGUAGAGAUCAUGAAGGAUGAAGAGUAUGAGAAUGGAUUUGGAGGCGUUGCAGAAGCAUGGAAGCAUGGAGCUGUUCAUUUCAUUGGGGAAACAGAGGUGGUUGCUAAACGGGGUGUUGGGUUUGGAGAUAGGAUUAUGAUAAAUUAUGCAUAUAGCUUCUUGAGGAGAAAUUUGAGGGAAACUAAUCAAGUCUU